AGACCUUGCAAAUGAAGGCGCAUGUCUGUUUCCUGUGCAGAGAAAUUUAAAUCCAUGACAACUUUUGAAAUUGCCAGUUUUGUCAAUAUUUUGAUGUUUAUACUACUUUAUACAUUUUUUAAUUUUGUAAUUACUUAUUUUCCUUGAUUAUUGAAGAUCGACGACAUAACUGAGGCCAGUAAGAAUGGCUGGCAUACCAAAACUACCAGGUUUCACCUUUAGUGAUCCCACUCUCACAAAGUUCCAUCUAUCCCAAACAUUCAACUUAUGCAAUGGUUACAAGUUGCCCAAGAAUAAUUUCCGGGGCAUUGGGGGCAGGGAAAUCGAUUCCAAUUCAGUGAAACAUCUUUCAAAACAGGAUGUUACCAGAUUUGACCCAUCACUCACCUAUGGUCGAACAAAAUCACAGGCUCUACCCCAAUUCACUCCACACUAUGUGCUGUACGACCAGAAAUGUCUGACUUUCAAAGCGUUUUUCAAACAGGCUGUUGUGGAGUCUGCCAACGAGUUCUAUAGAGUCAGGCACGUCAAUAUAAUAUAUUUCUUAGAAGAUGAUACUAUUACGGUUAUGGAACCAAAAACACCUAAUAGUGGAAUAGAUCAAGGAAGACUGAUACGUAGAAGCAAAAUUCCCAAAAACGACAUGGGUGCUUACUGGCACUGGAAAGAUCUGAAUGUUGGUAAAGAUAUAUUGUUUAAUGGUGUCGUAUUCCACACAGUGGACUGCGAUUUAUUCACGAGGGAGUAUAUGGCAAGUCAGGGUUUGGUGAUGGCUGAUCCGGAAGAAAUGCCAGUGGAUCCAUACACUUUUAAUAGGCAACAAUUGCAAGCGAGAGGCAGUGUUACCAAAACAGGACGAUGUGAUGAUAAACUACGGAGGUUUUUGGAAUACGAUGGCAAAGUCCUCAAUCAGAGGUAUACAGAUACACCAGCGACGUACCCCGCCAUAUAUUUGGAAGUAUCCGACGCAGAAAUAACGGAAUUCUACCAGCCGAAAGACUUCCAGAUAGGAGAAACAAUAUUCGUUCUAGGUCGCGACAUAUUACUCUACGACUGCGACAAAUUCACCAGAGACUACUUCAGAAAAGCCCUCUGCAUAGAACAGAAACCCGCCAUAGACAUUUCCGUACCAACAUCUCCUCCUACGCCGGCCCAAGUACCGCCCCACAACGGUCUAGGUUCCCUCGAGGAUUCCCUUCAGAAUACACUCACGUUCCUGCCGAAACCGCCGAAAAAGGACGUGAUGCGUCAGCUGCUGAACGCCAACAAAUAUCUCAGAUACGAAAUGGUUAUGGACGCGGUCCAUCCUGAAGACACCAUCAGGAGGUUCCUGUUGAGUUAUUCGUUGGCGGACAGUACUUGUUCCAUCCAGGAACCGCCGAUCAAAAAUUCCGGAAUAAUCGGCGGGAAGUACUUGAGAAGUACACUGCUGGUGAAACCAGGUUCUGACCCCCUCAACCCUGACUAUUACACUCCGGCAGACUUCUACAUAGGAGCCAUUAUAACGGUAUUCCAACAAAGAUUCAAAAUAAUCGGAGCGGAUUUGUAUGUGUACCGUUACAUGACUGCAAAUUCGAACAAGUUCCCUUGUGAAGUAAUACAGUCCAUAAGAAAUUACAUGUUCAACAAGGGCUACCUCAAGGAUGACGUCGAAGAUCAAGUGAAGGAUAAUCUCGAAACUGAAAGACAAUGGGAUCUUGAUACCAAAGGGGAUGGCCAACGUCAAACUGAAAUGGAGAAAUGCCUCCAACGACAAGGAGUCGACGAAGGCUACGAUCCAGAAUACGAAAAGAAUACUAUGGACAGAAUCCGCGAAGAGUACGAGGAAUCUGUGAAGCAUAAAUCGAAAAUCCAACCGUACGGCGUGAAGCCGGUGAACAUGGAAUGCGCCUAUCCGGUCAAUAUCGGAGACGUCAAGAGCACCAAGUGUACCGAAGAAGCUGCAGCACAGUACACUUCUUACACGCCCAAACACGUAGACACCCCUGAAGAAAUCAUAGCCAAACAUUAUACCAGAGUCUUGAAGGACCACCGAGCGAUUUGCGACGGUUCUCAUCCCGUCGAGUGCAUAGAACCGCCAUCUUCGGACCAGGAUUUGUGCCGAGAGUCGCAAAGACAAUUGGAACCUAAACCGAUAAUGGUCAGCCCACCCGAUAUUCCGCCCCAGGAGUGCAAAAUCAAGACCGUCACCUUCGCCGAAGAUCCGGACAGGUGCAACAAGAACAGACUGGACUUGUGCGAGCUCAAUCUCGAGAAGACUCAUUGCGAUUGUACCAAGUAUCAGAGAGAGUGCUAAAUUAUAUGUAGGUAUACAUAGUGGGCGCUGUUUGAAUUAUCACCAAACAUAUGGAGGCUUCAGGUGUGAAAUAUUAGGUUUACCUUGAUUUUCAUUAUUUUUUAUCAGUAGUAUUACGAGGGGGGCAUCGUGAAUAGUAGAGUGUACUAAAUUGUGGCCAUUUUACUAUUUUAGAGUAGUACUUGAUGAUACCAUAACAUCAACUCUAGCUUUUUAAGUUCUGAAGAUGAGCGGAAAAUAACAAAAAUUUCAAAAUUAUAUUUUUCUAUUAGCAGAGAUAUUAAAAUUCUAUUUCCACUAUACCAAAUGAACUUUCUAUAGGCUACCAGAAUAUAUUCAUAGAAUUUUCAUACAGGUUAUCCCAAAUUGGGGCACCAUCAACUUUGAACUUUAGAAUAUGAAUCUGUAUUUUUUGAAGCAAUUUAUUAUUCAAUAAUGGUCUUAUGAUAUUCAGAUAAGUUAAACUGAUCCCGAUAUUUCUAAUAGUUUUGGUAAUUUGAAAAUCAACAGGUAAAUUAUUAUUUUUUAUAAAUGAUGGAGUCACAAUGAAUAAUUGUUGGGAAUCAGUUGUUUGAUAUAUAGAAGUAUAUAGCUUUCACUCCUUGGUGGUAAUAAAAAUUAAUAAUUUGUUGAUUCAUUAAAACUAUGAUAUGAAGACUGCCAAUAAAAAAAAACUUCACUAUUUAAAAUUUCAAGUCAUCCUGUAUAAAAUUCUAUGAACAUAUGCUGAUAGCUCAUUGAAAGUUCCUGCGACAAAGUUUCCACUACAUCUUCCUGACCAAAAGAGCUAGAGACAAUUUUUUGGCGUCAUUGAAUGAUGUCUGAAAACUGGCAACUGUCACAAUUUAAUCUACCGUCUUAUUCUUACUGUUUACGAGAUUCCAUACAUUGACUUAAAUUUGGAUAGCUCUGUAUAUAUCCACUCAUUUUUGGUGUGAAUACCGUUUCUUUCUAUCAAAAAUGCUUGGUAUAAAAGCAGUGAUUCAUAUUAAAUCUGGUGUUAUUAUGGUCUAAAAUUCAUUGGAGCUUUUUUUACUCGAAGAAGAAUUUUGUAAAGAAUUGCAGGUUUUGCUAGUUGGAAAGUAUUGUUGGUGAUUAUCUCACAGUUCCCGCUUUGUAUAUAUUAUACCA